AUGUCACGAUUUGUUCAGCUGUUUGCCGCUAUGGCACUGGCGCCCGGCACAUUGGGCGCCACCCUAAUUGCCUCUCAUUUUGCUGGCGGCAUCUACUCGCUGUCCCUGGCGACCUCAAAUUCGAGCGGCACACUGUCGAUCACGUCCCAGACCACCGGUUGCGGGACCACGCCAGGCUGGCUUCAGCUAUAUGCUGAUUCUCGCAAGCUCUACUGUUUCGACGAGUCUUGGUUCGGCUCUGGCAACAGUGCUGAGUAUACCGUAGCCAACGACGGUCGCCUGACUUCGACCGGCCAACUGAAGACCACCGGCAACAGCGUCCACGGUCUUCUGUACGGCGGAAGCGAUGGUAGGGGCUUUGUGGCCACGGCCGAGCAGGACGUCGCCCACCCCCACGAGGUGCACCUUGACCCCACCGGAAAAUUCAUCAUUGUGCCGGACCUCGGUGCCGACCUCAUCCGCAUCUUCAAGAUUGACGCCUCCAGCGGCAAGCUCACGGCGUGCUCUGAGGGCAAGGCCGACCCGGGCGACGGUCCCCGUCACAUCAAGUUCUGGAAGUCGGCCGACGGCUUGCAAAAGGCUUACACCGUGAAUGAGCUCGGCAACUCAGUGUCCGCUUGGGAUGUCGCGUACCCGAGCGAUGACGCUGGCUGCCUCAGUCUCGAAAAGACGCAGACGCUGUCGACGUUUGCCCCCGGGAAGCAGGGCGGGCCCACCACCAAGGCCGCCGAGCUCCGCGUGGUUGGUAACUUCCUGUACGCGUCCAACCGCGCCGACGAGACGUUCGGGUCUCAGAAGGAUUCGAUCGCCACUUACACCAUUGACGCUUCCACGGGCGAAAUCGCUUGGCUCGAGGCCGCCAACUCGUACUCGUACUACCCGCGCACCUUCGAGUUCAACAAAGACGGCACUCUCGUCGCGGUUGGCGGCCAGACGUCUUCCAACGUAGCAAUCAUUGCGCGUGACACUGAGACGGGCAAGCUCGGGGCCCUGGUAGCUACCCUGCAGGUUGGCCAGAAAGGGCGAGCUGGGGAGGAGGAUGGCUUGAGCGCGGUCGUCUGGGUGGAGUCACCUGCUGGAGAGUGCAAGAGGUAA